AUGUCCAAUUUUCUCAUCAGUAUCGCAGUACUAGCUGCCAUAUGCAGCAACAUCUUGAAGCCCAUCGGCCGCGUUAAUUCCAUUCAAGAUGCCAAGUUCAACGCCCUUCGGCUCUCUCCAUUUCGAUCUGGCAUAUUGAUAGUUAUUCGGCUGAUCGAGUUAAUCAACUGGAGACUCUCGAACCUGGCUAGCUUCCACGCAGGCCUAUGGCUUCUGGCUCGUCUUCAUUUUCAGAUCCCGGAAGGGCUCAGGGAUGUGCAGUCUCCUUCGCGGGCAACUUGGUCUUGCUGGGCGCGACGGUCGUGUCUUGUGAAUGUCACAUUACCACUCUUCAUCAUUCUGAUCAGGCUUCCCUGCCAUUGGGGAAUACACACCGCCGUGGCCCUGCUAGUAAUGGAAUCGUUUUUUGAUGAAUUUCUUAUAUGCUAUCUACAAACGUCUUGUUCUGGCCUCGUGUUCCGCAGGAAUUGGCCCACUACGGCGCUUGUGGGGAAAAGCUUUUUCACUUCUGACCAGUGUGACCAGGUCAGCCAUGCGGAAACACAGCAAUGUGGAAGGGAAGGACAUAUCUCAACAUCACCAUCGCACCCUGCUGGAGACAACCUAUGCGACCGUGUCCGUCGGAUCUGGACGCCAGAAUCAACUUCACAUCCAAACAAAGCUACCGGCGACCAUCCCUUUGAAGACGUUCCCAAUCUAGAUGCGAUAUUCGCAACAUCAGCCCCUUCUCCAUCCCAGUGGACCUGUGUUCAUCGGCGGUGUCAUCUCUACAUGACCUUACGAUCCUCGAUCAAACCAAUUGCUUUUUCAUCUAUAUGGCUUGAUCUUGCCCUUGCCGCUUGGCUGAUACACAACAAUCUUCGAGCUCCCAUGCUCUAUGCCGCCCGCGUUCUCUUAGCGGAAAGAACCCUGAAAGACCUUCUAACUUUGGCAUAUCUUUCAAGCCUUUUGAUACCCAUCUACGUCUCAGUCUACGUAUUCUGGGCGAGAGUGUUUCCCCUAUUGUGCAACAGACUGAACUCAUUGAACCGACUCAGCCAAAAAUUCGAAGUUUUUUUCCAACGUGUGCCCAUUGCCUACAAAAUAGGCCUGCUGCUCAAUGCGCUUGGUGUAUGUUGUGGCGUUUAUCCCGUUCUGCUGAGACAAGAUCCAGUCUUGAGCGAGGGUGUUCUAUCGUACAUCCUUGAGAUAGGGGUCGCUUCGAUAAUUUGCCGCACGAUCUACCGGUAUACUCUUGGCUCGUCCAAGGCCACAACCAGUGGAUCUCUGCGCGGGCAAGGAAGUAUCAAUCCUGAUACUGAAGCAGAAAGCAUGCCGUCAACGGGGCUAAAAGAGCCAACGAACAUGGAUCAUUAUUUGCAGAAAGAUUGCGAGUCCUCCGAGAGACAGACCUGGUUGCACCUGUUUCGCUUGGCACUCCUCCUUCCGAAUUUAGUCAUCUGGUCGAUGUCGUGA